UUCGGCAAGGGGCGGCAUAGAAAUGUUAUAAUAAUAAUAAUAAUAUAUUCAGAGGGGUUUGCAGCAGGAAAGGUUUGGGGACGGCUCAGCCUGUCUUGGUUUUAGACGGGCUGCCAGCGCACGUACCUGGGACGGCCCUCCUCUCGAACUGCUCCCUGGGUGUAGCAGCCCUGAGGGAGGAGGUGGGUCCAGGGGGCUUGGGGUUCCCCUCCCAGGGACCACCUGCGAAGAGCCAGGGGGCUCAUCCUGCGAAGCAGGUGGGUGGGAACCUCGGGGCCUCACGCAGGGCAGCGCUGCACUGUGGAACUCACUGCCACAAGCCGCCAGCUUGGACAGCUUUGAAAGGGAACUGCACAAAUGCCGGGAGAAGCAAGCUCUCUGGGGCUACUGGUCCUCAUGGCUCUGGCCUCCCGCCAGCCUCAGGCCUGUGUGUGCGGGUGCUAAGGAGGGACUGCACAGACCCUUGCGUGAUCCAGCAGGCCCUGAUUUGUAUGGGACUGACGGCUGAAGGAAGGACGCCUUCUCGGGUGCCGCUUUGCACAGCCCUGGGAGAAUCCUGCACGGAGGAAGGGUCAGGAUGGAUCCUGCCUUGGGCUCCUCAGGGGAAGGGAGGCUGCCAUGCGUGGCACCCACGAGGAGCGGAUCGAGCCCCUGCGAAGUCGCCGCCCAGACCUGUUGGCUCGGCCUCACCUUAAAUGCACAAUGGCAACCGUGCGCCUUAUCUGCGAAGGAGGACGGCGUUCCUGCUUGCACGGGAGGGAGGCGGCUGCCCCAGCCGGAAUCGGGCGCCGCGACACCCGAGAACCACUGAAUCUUUAUUCCUGGGCUGUGUGGUAGCUUGAAAGCGCUCCUCCGUAGCGACCUGUGUUUGUGGAUCUUCAAAUUUCUGGCUCACGACAACCAUGCUUCCUUCGACCAGAGAAUUCCAGCACAAGGACGAUGCCUACUGCUUUUCCUUGGCGAAGGCCCUGUUCUGCGUCUCUACCCCCGUGACCGUCGGGUUUUAUGCGCCGUGGGGACACUGCAAAGACUUCCUCUUGACUAGGAUCCAAGAUUAUAUGCACCUGCAGUCGUGGAAAAAGGACAGCCAGGAACUCCAGCGGACGGGCUUGAAGCAGCGAGGGACCUCUGGCUGGGACUUGGUCUCCGCCGUCCUCCUCAUGAUCUUCUACCGGCCGGUCCUGACCCUGCAGCACCGGCAAAGGAGGAACGUCCGGCACAUCUUCAUCCGCUUCAGCGCCUGGGAAUACGCCGGAAGCGACCAGCUCUGGGCAGGCCUCAUCACCGCCCUGUGUGACGGCAUCGAGGGUCAUUUCGGCCUGGUCCCCGUGAGCGUCUACCGGGCCGUGGGCAGGAAAUGUGGCCUCGUGGAGGCGCCUCUCCGCAAGGAGUGGGUCAGCAAGAGGUACCUCUGCCUGCCGUUGUGGGCGGCUGUCCUCCUGGUUGGCGGGGCAGGCGUCGGAGUCGCCAUCCUCGUCCUUCUUUUCGGCGUGCCCAUCGGCAAUGCUUCUGGGGAUGCCAUCGCGGUUGCCGAGGGCCUCGGGGCCACGGCCGUCGGGAUCACGGCCGCGGCAGCCCUCAGGAUGGGCGCCAUGGUGGUCCGGAACGUCGUCAUCACCCAGAAGGCCCAGCUGGAGCGGCAGAUGAACCGGACUGACCUCAGCGCCCAGCUGGGCUUCAUGAGCAACGUAAAGAGGGAGGUCCAGACCAUCACCAGCUUCCUCCAGUUCAUGGAGAUCUUCCAGCGGAGGAAGCUCCGGGUGGUGCUGGAGGUCACCAGCCUGGACCACUGCAGCCCCGACCGGGUGGUGGGUGUGCUGGAUGCCAUGAACAUCCUCCUGUCCGACAACGAGGCGCCCUUCAUCUCCAUCCUCGUGGCUGACCCGAGCAUCAUCGUGGGCUGCGUGGAGAGCUCCCUCUACAUGAAGGGCAUGGCGAACAACGGCUAUGAGUUCUUGAACCGCAUCGUCACGCUCCCCUUCUCAGUCCCCAAGACGGACAGCGACACCAAGCUGCAGCUCAUGAGGAGCAUUGUGACCUACCGGGAAGAGCAGGAGAAAAGUCUGGAAGAGGAGGAGGGCUUGGGAGUGGACGUCCAGCCAGAAAACCAGGCGGGGCUUUUCCUCCGACUGAAGCUGUGUCUUUGCCCGAAUGCUCGUGCUCGGAGCAGAGCUGCGGAGGACGGCUUGGUACCUUUAGUGGUGGUGAGUCCUGGCAAGGCAGAGCCACCGAAAAGAUGUGGGAAGGGCUUCAAGGCCAAAGACCUCAUCCAGGAGGCCUUUGAGUUCCUCCUGGAUGAGAACACGAAGCUGUACUUGACAGACAACGUGGUGCAAAUGAAGCGCGUCAUCAACACCAUCUCCGUCAUGAUCAGGCUCAUGGCGACGCAGGUCCCGCGGGAGAAGCUCUGUCCGCAGAAGGUGGCCUCCUGGGUGCUGCUGGCCAGCCAGUGGCCCUGCCGGUUGAGCUGGAUCCUGCAGUGCAUCGAGGACGACGAGCAGAUGGGCCGGCUGGGCGUGUGCCAAGGCGGCCAGCUCGGCCCUGACCUGCUCCUGUGGGACGUGUACGAGAAGAACCUGGAAGAGUUUGUCAUGUUCGCAUCCCAGCUGGAGAAGCUGCUGGAGCUGGACGGAGACCCCGAGCUCUUCCACAGCUUCCUUUCUGGGAGGUUCCAGGUGAAGGACGCCCGCUUUUUCGUGCUGUACACGGUCAACAUGGACUCCUCCUUGAAGAGGCACAUGGAGCUGCUCCGAGGCAGCCACGGCCUGAAGAGCAGCAAGAGGGCUCCUGGACUUUCCAGGUGCCUUCUGCUUGGGAUGUCGGUGGAGGAGGUCUGCGAAGAGCUGGGCAAGCUGGGUUUGAAAGCGGAGAACGCCCAGUGGUACCGGGAGAGGCUGAAGGAGCACGGGCUGGACGGGCGUGCGCUGGCGUGCAGCGACCGGGGCGAGCUCAAGGAGGCGCUCGGCAUGGGCCUCGGAGAGUGGACGGCCUUCAGCACGCACUUCCUCGGCUCCGCGCCGCCCCGGGCCCCCUUCCCUGCCGCAGCACCGCCAGCACCGCCCUUUGCCGGGAAGCCUGGGCAGGGCCCAGGAGAGAAGAGGCUGCCUGGAAGCAGGUUGUCCCCGGCCCUUUCCGAAGAGUGCCGCCUCUGAUGCCCGCAAGCGCCGGAGGGAGUUGUCGGGUGGCUGACUAAGCGGGAGAGGGACCUGCGAGUGAGCUGCUGCCUGCUGGCGGGUUGGUCCCGUACGGUCGGGGCCGCCCUGGGGCCUCUGCCUUCAGGAAGAGCAACUGCUCCUGCUGGAAAGCCCCCGAUCGAUCGAGCGUUUGUGCAUGUCGUUUGCAUACCAUUUGCAUAACAUGGGUCCAGUGUCGCCAGGCUCCGUUCAGUCCGAGGGCUGAGUGCCGUUUGGAGCUGCCUCCCAGUGAUGGGCAGAGGCCAGGGCAGACGGAGCAGCUUCCUUUUCGAAAAGCCCGAAAUGUCGACAUGCUGGGGCACAGUGCCAGCACGACCUCUUCUGGGAGACCACAGGGUCCGCCAGAGUGCUUCGCUGCUCAGGCCGGGGGCUGAUCCCCCACCCCCCCCCCUUGCAGCCGCACGGAACGAACCUCAUCGAAUGCCACCUGGGCCUCGGGGCGGGUAGACGGGGCUGCGCACGGGGAGGCGAGGGGCCGGGGGCCGCAGUGGCAUGCCGGUUCUGGGGGCAUCUCGGCCUCUCUCCCUCCCUCCCCCUGCUGGGCUUAAAUCGAGGUGGCCAGAAAUGGCACCGCUGGAUUCAUUUCAACUUUUUA